AUGGGAAAGUUUAUCCAUGGAUUUCAUUACUGGCUUUCCAAAGUCAGAUGGUUGUGUGAGCAUAAUGGUGAUCGAUUCAGCAAGUACUCAACCUUUGUCCCGGCCCUGACCAAUUGUACGGCAGAAGUAACAGCAAGGCUAUUUCUAAAGAACAUUGUGAAGUUUUGGGGGAUACCCUCAAGUAUCAUAAGUGAUAGAGAUCCUCGUUUCACUGGGCGCUUUUGGACAGAGUUGUUUAAGCUCCUUGGUACUGACUUAAACUUCUCUACUUCGUUUCAUCCUCAAACCGACGAACAGACUGAGAGGGUGAAUUCUUUGGUUGAGUUAUAUCUGAGACACUAUGUUAGUGCCAAUCAGAAAAAUUGGGCAAGUCUACUUGAUGUUGCCCAGUUUUCAUACAACCUACAACGAAGUGAGUCCACCAACAAAAGCCCCUUUGAGUUGGUCAUGGGGAUGCAACCUCAAACGCCUCGCGCCUUGGUCACAAGAUAUGAUGGGCAAAGUCCCGCGGCGUUUAGGAUAGGCCAAGUUGUUUACAAGCUUCAGCUACCUCCACAGUUGAAGAUUCAUCCAGUAUUCCACGUGAGUAUGCUAAAGCCUUAUCAUGGUGACGAAGAAGACCCUGAACGGGGAGUGUCCAAAAGAGCCCCUACGGCAAUGACUACUUCUUAUGAUAAGGAAGUAGAGUGUGUGCUGGCCGAUAGAGAAGUUCGGAAAAAGAGGAUCCCCAGAUACACUGAGUACUUGAUUAAGUGGAAGAACUUGCCAGACGAAGAGGCAAGUUGGGAACCAGAGUCUCUACUUUGGCAAUUUCGAGAUCACAUCCUACGUUACAAGGAUGGUGAUGCGACGGGGACGUCACGGACUUAA